GGGGUACUCUGAGUCAGCCAUCCAGCUGCCGUGACAUCACUGGGAUCACCUGUGGAGGCCUCAGGUGACAGCUCAUAAAAGGUGACCUGAGGUAAACAGGGGACACUCAGAGACACUUCGAGGGAAAGACGAGUGACCUCCAUUCUCAACUGCUGCACAUCCAGAGAUCCAUUCUAGCUGCUGCCAUGUGGAACGACUCCUCUAAUGAUGACGCCAUUCCUGUGUCCUCCGGCAACGGCUCCUCUCGCACCGCCAGUCGCAGGAAGAGGACCAGCUUCUCCAAAGAACACGUGGAGCUGCUGCGCGCCACCUUCGAGACUGACCCGUACCCUGGAAUCACCAUCAGAGAGAGCCUGUCCCAGACCACAGGCCUGCCCGAGUCCCGCAUCCAGGUGUGGUUUCAGAACCGAAGGGCUCGCACCCUAAAAUCAAAAGGAUCCAGCAAAGCUCAGUGGCAGUCUCAGAGCCCAGCGCACAGUCCACAGGCUUGCCGCCACACACAGGCCUUUGCACCUCAAAUGCAGCAGGUGUUGAACAAUGGACAGUUUCCUCCUGCCUUCAAUGCCACUUCAAUGUAUGGACAGUGUGGAGCCUCAUAUGGGAUUCAACCAGGAGGCUCAAUGGGCAGUAACCCCAGCUCAAACCUGUGGGAGUACAUGCCUCAGCCAGGCUGCCAAAACAACACUGGGGUGCCUGCGUGGCGUCAGCCUUCCGUGGAGAUGGUAAGCUACAACUCAAGCUCCAGCCAGGCAGCCUCCAUGCACCCUAGUUCAGACAUACACGACCUCCUUCAAAUAUUCGAAGCAGACACUCCUGAUUCUGGAUACUUCAACAGCAGCCGAGAGAGCAGCCCAACGGGUUGUCUGGAAGUUCCGACCCCACAGAUGAGGAGUAUUGGGGAGACUGUAGCAGCUCUUGAGGACGGCAGGGAUGCAGGACAUCCGCCAGUGGUCCAGCAUAGCUCACUGCCAGUGCUGUCAUUGCAAGAUAUUAUGUGGGAGCUGAAUGAGGAAUGGCUGGGAGGAAAUGGACUGGACAACGGAGUCACUGGAGAGGAGCCCCCUUACUUCUGAUGGCUAUGAUGAGUAUUUUUAAUGGCUCAAGUGUUUGACGUAUUUUCAAAAUAGCCAUGUUUUUGCAGUAAUUAGUAAUUACUGCACAUUUUUAGGAUUGUUUUUUGAUUUUCUUCAAGUUUACUUAAAAAAGAAAAAAAAAAAAGAAACAAAAAUCAGUCGUUAUAUUGCAUAAUACUGUUUUCUUGGCUUCCCCUUUCCAAGAAUGUACUCUCAGCUAAUUCAUGACCAGAGAUUUGGCUCUGCUCAUAGAUGGUGCCUGUGAGUUGUAAAUAUGAGAAAAAGGGGAUUUUCUUUCUGUGCAGAGACAUUAUGGAGAGUAAUAUAAAGACAUGUUAAAUCCUAAUGAAUGCUGAAAUUAAAUUUAAUCUGUAAUAAGACUUUAUGUAAAAAAUAAUUUUAACAAAAAUAAUUUAUAGAUAUAGAGAUGUUAUUGUAUAAUGUUUCCAUUUUGAUUGAUUAAUUUUAAGGAUCUGACAACAGAGGAUGUUGUUUGCUGUAAAGAUUAUGAAGCCCUGUGAGGUUAAUUAUUGGUUUGGGAAACGAAGAUGUUGAUAUAAUAUAUUUGAUUCUGUUAAGCUUUGUUCUUAUGUUGUAUGGCUGACAUAUAGUGUA